AUGCAUUGCCUCCUGCAAGGCAGAGUUAUCAAACUCCGAAGGACGACCGGUGCGUGGCUGGUCUUCCAGGCUUUCAUUUCCUUUCUGGAAGCGACUGUACCAAUCAUAGGCAGUGCUCUUGGACACAGUGUCCGGGCCAAACGCGGUAUUGAUGUCAGCGAUGGAAUUGGCUGCCUUCUUCUCGAUUCGGAAGUCAUAAAGAAGAAGCAGGCGAACUUGCUCCUUAGUAAGAGGGCACCUGAUGUAGGCAUGGGAAACCGUCAGAGUGGAUCAGGCACUGGAGAUGAGGAUGAUGAUAGGGGACAGAGUCGUUAUCCACCAAGAGAAAUGUCUGUUCCUGGAAGGAUGAGCCUUGCUGAGGACUUCACCACAGAAGAACCCUCCCAGGAGCCAGGUCUUGGCAUUUCCUGUGACUCUCAGAGUCCAGAAGUUCGUCUAGUCAAUCUGACUUUGAACACCCCUCCACCAAAUGAGGAGUUAUGCACAGGAUCAUCUUUGAUUGAUGACACAAGAACUCCAGCUAAGUCUGAAUGUGACAGUGAUUCCUCUGGUUGCACUGGUGUUGGUCCAGGAUCAUUUGCUCAAGACCCUACAGGGGAUCUCGCUCGCACACCCAGUGAGAAGGAACGCAACAGGCAAAAAUAUGUGCAUAAACGCAAGUAUGUCAUGCAGGAACUUGUGGACACUGAACGUGACUAUGUCAAGGAUCUUGGUCUCAUUGUGGAUGGAUAUUUGGCUUUGAUGCGAGAUCCUGAUUGUGACACACCAAUGCCUGAGCCCCUUAAGGAAGGGAAGGACAAGAUCAUAUUCGGAAACAUUGAAGCUAUUUAUGAAUGGCAUCGAGAUUACUUCCUGGAUGCCUUGGAGAAGUGUGUGAACAAACCACCUGAAUUGGGUCCCUUGUUUAAGCGGUGUGAAAGGAAGCUUCGAAUGUACAUUGUUUACUGUGAGAACAAGCCCAAGUCAGAGUACAUUGUGUCAGAGUUCCUGGAAACAUAUUUUGAGGAGCUGCGCCAGAAACUUGGGCACAAGCUUCAGUUGCCAGACUUGCUCAUCAAGCCUGUUCAGAGGAUUACCAAAUACCAGCUGCUGCUGCGUGAUGUUAUCCGGUUCACAAUGCAGGCUCAACUCAUGGAUGAGCUGGAGUCUCUGCAGAAAGCCCGAAAUGUUAUGGAGAUAGUUCCCAAAGAGGCAAAUGAUAUGAUGAAUGUUGGGAGACUGAAAGGAUUUGAUGGAAAAAUCACUGCUCAGGGGAAGCUCCUCAUUCAUGGUCCACUGUAUUGUCAAGAAGGAACCUCUUCUGCAAAUAUGGCUAAGAGCAGAGAACUUCAGGUUUUCCUGUUUGAGCAAAGCAUAAUUUUUUCUGAAAGUGUUGGAAAGAAGACACAGUUUUCUCAUCCUCAUUAUGUGUAUCGAAAUCAUCUCCAGGCAAACAAAAUGGUGCUCCAGGAAGAAAAAGCUGAAGAUGACCCAACCAAGUUUGUCUUGAAAUCAACUGAUCCCCGAAAGCCAGGACUAUUGUAUAUAUGCCAGGCCAGUAGUACUGAAGAUCAUGACCGACAGCGAGCUGGUUCCAUACAUGAUGUACCCAUUGCCUGGCCUGUGAAUUGUAGCCAUGGAGAAGUUUCACCAGCUGGGCUGGAGAACCUCAAUUUGUUCCUAUCACCUGUAGAUCAUGAUGAAGAUGUAAUGAGCCCUGGACAAAGCCCUGCAAGAAAAAGACGCAAAGUAUGCUUCAACUUGAAUCAUCCAGAUCAAAUUUCCAAACCAUGGUCUGGUCGGUCCAAGCAGAGUGGAAAGGAUAACUCCAAGAGCACUUCCAAGAGUGGGUCUCUUCACAUGGACACACCUUCCAGAAAUUUACUUCUGGAAAAAGGAUUGGACUCUCAUAAGAAUUUGGAUGUUCUUGGAAGGGGUGGCUUUGGAGUUGUAGUUCGUGCCAGCUAUAAAGGAGAAAAAGUGGCAGUCAAGAUCAUCCCAUGCAAGCAUCGUAAGAGGCAGCACUUCGAGGCAGUUCUUCAGGGAGAAGUAAAUGCAAUAAAUCUGGAUCAUCCAAAUAUUGUGAAGACCUUUUGUGUGUUUGGGUAUGACAAGAAGAAUGCUUUGGUUGUGAUGGAAUAUGCUGGAAAGAUCACUCUACAGCAACUCCUUGAUGACCCUCAGCAGCAUAUGGAUCAUGUACGGAGAUGCCGAUUUGCCUACCAAGUGGCAGCAGCCUUGAGGUAUUGUCAUCAGCAUCGCAUUGCACAUUUGGAUGUGAAACCCAGCAAUAUAUUGAUCAAUGACUCAGAUUGCUGCAAACUUGGUGACUUUGGGUGUUCCAAGAAGCUUGAUCUCUUGCAAGCAGACCCUUGUGUGAUAUCUGUUUCACCACCUCGUGGCACAGUUGUUUAUCAAGCUCCAGAGGUCCUUCGUGGGUAUCGAGCAACACAAAAGGCUGAUAUUUACUCAUUUGGCAUCACUUUGUGGCAGAUGAAGACACGGAUGUAUCCAUUUUGGCGUGAGAACACUCAAGUUGUACUCUAUAAAGUUGCUGCCCGUGGUGAACGUCCCUAUAUGGAUCCUCCGUAUUCCUUCGAAGAUGAAGAUUAUCAAGCUCUGAUUCAGAUGUGUUGGGCCCAAGAAGCAUCACAGAGGCCAAAUGCAGCAGAGGUCCUUACCUAUGUCGAUUCCUGGAACGUCCUAAUCUAGUGAUCACUCUUCCUCAGGGGUGUUUUGAGGUCAUGCUCUUACUGCAUUUUUGGCCCUGAAAAUAGUCUGUUAUGAGAUGAGAUGUGAUGUUAUCAUGUGAUCCCAUUCCCACAGGAUGUGAUGUUUAUGCAGCUCAGCCUCUUUCUUGUAGGCUCAAUUUUUUUAGGGUUUUUAAUUUUACAUUUCCAUUUUAGGAUAUUUUUAUUUGAAUAGUGCUGAUUGCUUGAACCAAGUGUACCUGCUUUACUCAAACAUCCAUUGGAGAAAUGCUAUAUAAAUAAAGC